CCUCUGAUCCAGUUACGUUGGUUCUAUCCAUCUUUAUCUGUGUAUUUUUGGCCAUUGUCUUUUUUGGACGGAAAAAAACACCUAACUUUCCUCCUGGACCCACACCCUUACCGCUCAUUGGAAAUAUGCACAUCCUGAACAUGAAGAAGCCAUAUAAAUCAUUUAUUGAGCUUGCUAAGAAGUAUGGUCCAGUCUACAGUAUUCAGAUAGGAGAGGAAAAAAUGGUGAUCCUCUCUGGAUAUGAGACGGUAAGAGAUGCUUUGGUAAAUCACGCAGAUGAGUUUUCUGGAAGGCCGAUAAUACCACUCUUCCAUGACCUUGAAAAAGGACACGAUUUCGGGAUGGGGUCGAAAACGAUCGAAGACAGGAUUCUGCAAGAAUGUGAUUGUUUGGUGAAAAAGUUCAAAUCAUUCAAAGGAGAACCUUUUGAUAACAGAAUGAUCAUAAAUGCUGCAGUAGGCAACAUAAUCGUUUCCAUAUUGCUGAGCCAUCGAUUUGAUUAUGAAGAUCCGACAAUGCUGAAGCUUUUGAAAAUAGUUAACGAGAAUACCGAAAUCCUUGGCAGCCCAACAGCAAUGGAGCAACCAAAUCAUAAGUUAUGUUAUACCGAUGAAAACCUGACAUCGCUUGUAACCGCCCUCUUUGCGGCUGGGAUUGACACCACAUCGACCACCCUUCGCUGGGGAAUUCUACUGAUGAUUACUUACCCAGACAUCCAAAGAAAAGUUCAGAGUGAGAUUGAAAAAGUGAUUGGAUCAUCAGCACCACAUACAGGUCACCGGAAGAACAUGCCGUACACAGAUGCUGUUAUUCACGAAAUUCAACGGUUUGGAGAUAUUGUUCCGACCAACCUCUCACAUUCUACUACUCAAGAUGUCAACUUCAGGGGUUACUUUCUUCCAAAAGGGACACAUGUAAUUCCAUUGCUGACCUCCGUGCUGUUCGAUGAGGCCCACUUUAAAAGACCAAAGGAGUUUUAUCCGGAACAUUUUCUGGACGCUAGUGGAAAUUUUGUGAAGAAUGAAGCCUUCAUCCCAUUUUCAGCUGGUAAAAGAAGCUGUGCUGGUGAGACGUUGGCCAAAAUGGAACUGUUUUUGUUCUUUGUGAGCCUUCUACAGAACUUCACCUUCCAGGCUCCUCCCGGGGUUAUGUUGAGCCUGGAAUCAGCAGUUGGGUUCACACGGAGUCCUCUGAGUCAUAAAAUUUGUGCUGUGUCCCGUGUAUAAUACUGGAUCAUGACAAUGUG